GGCAGGGCCCGGGGCCCGUGGGGGCUGAAGGAUGACCUGCACUGGCGUGGGGCUGGGCAAACUCUGCUUCGUGCUGUCCGUGGCCUUGGGAGCCUUUCUGCUGCUGCUCCUGCCCCUCCCCCGCCUCCAGGCUCCCUGGGGGGUCUGGGCCCACCCGCCGCCCCGGCCGCCCCCCACCUGCGAGCAGCCGCCCAGCGCCCCGCGGCCCCGGGAUGGGGGCGUGGCCCAGCCCCUGCAGGGCGUGCUCCAGCGGCUCCUGGGGGCGCCCGCCGCGCACCCCCGGACGCCCGAGAGGCUGGAGCCCAGGGACAUCUUCAUCGCCGUGAAGACCACCAAGAAGUAUCACAAGUCUCGGCUGGAGCUGCUCUUCCGCACCUGGAUCUCCCGGGCCCAGCAGCAGACCUUCAUCUUCACAGAUGGUGAAGACCCAGAGUUACGCCUUCGAGCAGGAGACCAUGUCAUCAACACCAAUUGUUCUGCCAUGCACACACGCCAGGCACUCUGCUGCAAGAUGUCCGUGGAGUAUGACAAGUUCAUCGAGUCAGGAAGGAAAUGGUUCUGCCAUGUGGAUGAUGACAAUUAUGUGAACUCCAAAGGGCUCCUACAACUGCUCUCUGGUUUCUCCCCAAGUCAAGAUGUCUAUGUGGGGCGACCUAGUCUGGACCACCCUAUUGAGGCAGCUGACAGAGCCCAGGGAAGUGGAACCGCGUCUACAGUCAAGUUCUGGUUUGCCACAGGAGGAGCUGGGUUCUGCAUCAGCAGAGGUCUUGCCCUCAAAAUGAGUCCUUGGGCCAGCCUGGGCAACUUCAUCAGCACUGCCGAGAAGGUCAGACUCCCUGAUGACUGCACCAUUGGCUAUAUCAUCGAAGGGCUGCUGCAGGUGAAACUACUGCAUAGCACCCUCUUCCACUCCCACCUGGAGAACUUGCAGAGGCUGCCAGCUGACACCCUGCUCAGCCAGAUCACCCUGAGCUACGGAGGCCCAGAGAAUCGUCGGAACGUGGUGAGCGUGGGUGGUGCCUUCAGCCUGCAGCAGGACCCCACAAGGUUUAAAUCCAUCCAUUGCCUUCUGUAUCCUGACACUACCUGGUGUCCCCUGAAGAAGCCACUGUAACCCAGGAAGUGUCUGAUUUUGGAAGCAAACCCGUCCUCAGCAUGACCUGAUCUCAUCUGUGGGGAGCAGAGAAAAUGGACUUGACUGCUUCUGCCAAGGAGAAACCCCUGUGCCCUCGUCAGACACCAGCAGUCCUGUGGAGCCUAUUGGACCCUUUCUCUCCUGCUUCUCCCAUGUUCACAGGCUUCUUUGGGGUCACAUAUCUGAUCUGGAGAAGUCCUGGACGUAAGCAAGAGUUAGCUAGAGGUGCCUCUCCACCUAGCCAAAUCUUGGAGCAUGCUCAGUGCUCAUCCAGGACCCUAGAUUGGGCUCUGUGGAGAGAGCCCAGCAAGGAAAAUAUGAGGGUCCCUACCCUGGGAGAGAUCACAGCCCAGAUUAUCACACAGAGAAGAAAAUGCAGAUGUGGUCUAUCAGGGCUGAGGGGCCUAUACACCAGGAGCCCCCUUCCACAGCUUGGUAGACACACAGUGCUGGGCCUCAGUUUACUGAGCCUCCAGGUGUAGCUCUGGGACUUGUAGCACCUUGACUGAUGAGAGCCUUUGAUCAGUCACAAUUGAGCCGUUGGCCCUUGAGGGGCCCCUGAAGACUGGACAAGCUACAGGCCAGGAUUUCAUUUUUUUUCAAGGGCAGCCUAGGACCAUUCGGGGUUGGGCUAUCCCUGGAGCAGGUGCAGGUUUGGGGAGAGCCUGGUGAUGACAGGGGAGCAGCAGUUCCCCUUCUCAAUAGCUACCUCUGAGUCCCUCUCUACUCAAAGAUUAUUGGGGUAAUGGAUGAGGGCCAGAUAGGAUCUUUAGCUUUCUGGCUACUUUGGACUUCUUCCCAGCUCUAAUGGGGCACUGAGGAGAAGCUAAGGAAGGAGCCUUGACCUACCCUGAACCUGAGCCAGGGUUUAAACAUUGGGCUUUUCCCACAAUCUGCUCCUUGUUUUCCAGUUGUCCCUUACCCCUUGAAUCUUUCAAGAACUGGAUGGAAUGGGAAGGAAAGGGUGUGUCAUCGUCACCCCUCCCUGCCCCCUAAGCUAAUUCAGCCAGUAUUGAGGGUUCCUAGACACCCACAGCCAGAGAGCUCAUCAACCCAACCGGUUCGUGGUUUUUCAGCCAAAUAAAUAAUAUUUAAAGUUAA